UCAGGCCCAAAGUUUAACUUCUCCAAGUCUCAUUUUUCUACCUUUCCUGCAUAAUAAGUUAAUUUGCCUUGUGCUGCCAUGGCUCACAGGAGACUAGGGCUCACUGCAGAAGUUCUAGUAAUGUCCCCCUUCCCUGUUCCUUACGUAUGCCUGCUUGUCCUCUUAUCUCUCCUCCCUCCGUUCUUUGUACCGAGAUGCAUAUUUGUUUUUAAAAUUACAGUUUUAUCACAUGAUAUAUACAGUUUGUAGCUUAAUUGAUACUAUUUAAAUAGAAAUACAAAGGGAUUGAUUUUCCUAUCAUUGUACAAUUUUGACAAGAAAAUGAGAAUAUUGUUUAAUAUGAAGAAUUCUUAAACUUUUCAACACAUUCAGUGUGACACAGCAUUUUUGAAUGUGAAUUUCUAGCACUAAUGUGGCUGUAAACCAUGGUGGACCUUUUAGAGCUUUCAGUGGUAAACAGCUGGCUGUGGCACAUGUCCCAUCCAUUCAGCAGCAGUGCUUUCAAGUGUCAAGAGUUAUAAUUGUGAAUAAGGACCUGAAAGCCCAAACAGCCUAGGCUCAAAAUCCUGGCCCUGGCCCUUAUGAACUGCAUGAUCUUGAGGAAAGUUCUUAACAUCUCUACAUUUUGCUUUCCUCAUUUGUAAAAUGGAAAUAGUAAUAUUGUUUGUAUAGGGGUGUUAGAAGGAAUUAAUGAGUUAGCACAUGAAUAAUGUUUAGAGUACUUCAUGGAAUAAACAAUAAAUAUUACAAUGAUUGUUUUUGUUUUUUUGUGAAGGGAGGUACAGUUUGAUCUAGCAUGAAGGAUCAUCACGUUACUUGACAUUUAGUCAUAUGAAACCAGAUUAAUUUUAGGACUUUUUCUGGGAUAUAAACAUUUAUUUUUAAAAUUACAGGAAUGUAAAAAUGUCUUUUAAGUUGAUGCUUGCCUCUUGAAGCUGCUAGGAAAAUUCCUAAUUUUUGACUCAAUCUAAAGUUCCCUGUAGAAAAACUAACUGCUGAAAACUAAAGAAUAAUUAAGAUUCAUUCAUAAUUCAAAAAUAAAAGGAAUCCUAUAACUGGUAUUUCUCUCCACCUCAUAGUUCUGUAAUUAAUAAAAAUCUGUGUUUAUUUUCAGCAUGGAAGUUUCACUAUGGAAAUCCAUGCUGUCUUGAUUGGCAUCUGCUUUGUCCACCCUGACCCCAUGCUCUAUAACUCAGCCUCACCCACUCUGGAACUUGUUCCUACUUUUUGUUGUUUUGACAACUUCUCUUCCUACCUCUGACUUUAUGGUUCUCUAAACCUAACCUGAGCUCCCAAUUUUGCCUAAUUGGUUAAGUGUUAGGAUUUUCCUCUUAUUCAGUCAAACAUAGCACCUCACUAGAGGUUUGGUUUAGCUGAUCAUUAGCUAUCUACAUUUCACUGGCUCCUGAAGUGUUAGUGCAAGGUGCAGAAUUUUCUGCAAGGGAGUCUGAUGUGAAAACUCAUUUGGUCCUAGAGAGGAAAUGUGGUAUGCCCACUCCAUUCCAGAUUCCCACUUUCAGAGAAGUUUGGAGGUGACCCCCAGGAAAUAUAAUCAGAUAUGAUUUCCUGACUUCGGCUGCAUGUGGACUGAAAGUUGGGUGGAAGUGGGGAUUUGGGUCUGGUUGGUGGAUGAGUUGCUGAGGCAAGGAGUUUCAUUUAUUGCUAGAGGCAUAAUGAUGGGAAGUCUAGCUAUUUUGGAGAGGAUUUGGUCUUUGAAAUCCAUUAGGGGUAGUGCCUAAUCUGCAAGCUCCUCACCAAUCCCAGGGAAGAUCAUUACUUAGGCCCAGUUUUUAGAAGUCUUAACAAUACCAUCUUUACUUUUAAUUAAUUGGCUUCCAUUUGCAAACCCCUUAAGAUUUGCCCCCCACCCCAUAUGUGUGAUUGAGCCUUUUCUGUGAGCUACAUUCUCCAGCCCUUAUUUUUUUUUUUUUUAUUUUGAAAUAGGAUCUCACUAAGUUGCCCACACUGGGAUGGAAUUUACAAUCUUCCUGCUUCAGCUUCCCAAGUAGCUGGGAUUACAAGCAUUGUGCCACUGUGCCAGGUAACCCCUUAAGAUUCUACCUUGAAGCAAAGUAUGAGCAUAUGAAUUGCCUUUGGAUUUGGAGUCCAAUUACAUCCCUAAAACACAUGUUUUCUCCAGAAGCAUUUAUUCUUUGAUAUAUUGUUGGAGCUUUAACACAUGAGUCAACAUCAAUUUCUGACAGUGGCUCAUGAGACCUUCCAAUUGUCCAUCAGAGUCCUAACUUCCUUGUAUGGCAGCUGUGAAAAUAGGCUUCUCGGAUAAUGAUGGCCCUGUUUAUGUAUUUCAUUCUAUUUACCUGUUUAACUGAUCUGAGCAUUAGUUUUGUAUAAAAAUCUUCUAUAAGGCCCUAAGCUCCAGCUCACGGGAUUUCCCCCAGGCUUACCAUCUUGUCAUGUCUUAAAGGUCUUCUUUGGGACCUCUUUAUCAUAUCUUGGCUCCUUCCUGUCUAUUUGUUUGUUUUUAGUACCUGGGAUCGAAGUCAGGUCCUUGCACUUGUGAGGCAGGCGGUGGAACCACUGAGCUAAAUCCCUGGCCCCUUCCUGUUUAUUUGUAUUUGUGCUUCAUCUUGAUGUGACUUUGGAAAAUGUAUUUGGCCAUAUCCAGGAUUACACCUUGGCUUCAAGGUGCUUGGUUUCUACCUUCCAGAAUAGAUAAGAGAGCCCAUACUCACUCUUGCACUUAUUUGUGGUUCUCCAUAAUAUUAUUUGCUAGGCAUAUUGUACUCUUUAUUAUCUGAGCAAUUAGAAAGAAAUCAGGUAAUGAAAUGACAACUGUUUGGUCCCAAAAAUUAUAACUAAGGCAUGUGUACUCUUACUAGAGUACAUUGACUGACAGAGCCUAAAGAAAAAUAGUCACAUGUGAUUUAAGCAUGGAUAUAGAUUUAUAAAGGAAACAUAUGAAAGGGCUUUGCUUUUGGUGUGCAAAAACAACACACCAAUUAACAUGGCACAAUUUAUGUAUAUAGCUAGUGAAGAAAUGCAGAGAAAUUAUCAUGAAAGGAAGAGAUUAAGUGAGAUGGAGUCAGGUCCUUGAACUUGAUCUAUUAGAUAAUAGUAAAUCACUGAAGGUACUAAGGGAUAAAGGAGAGGCAUUGGCAUGGCCAAAAUGAGAAUUAGAGAAAAUGACUGCAGCAUGAACAGUUUACGGAGGUGAGAGAAGUUGGAUUCAGGUCAUCCAUGGAUAUGUGAAUGGAAAGUGGGUGGGUAGGAGGGACAUGAGGAUUCCCACCAUAUUCUGUGGUUUCUUUGAAGAGAAACUGCUAUAGAACAGCAACAGACACAAUGUUGGACUAGAGCUUUCUGAUUUGAAGUUCUUAGAGCCUCCAUGUCUCCCUCUAACCACUCUGCUCUUGGAAGAAGGGACUCCCAGGUUCUCCCAGGCUUGUUUUAUGGUAAUCAGGCAUUUCUAAGAAAAAAGGAAUAGGAGUGAAGAAACAAUAAUGCAAUCCUUGGGAGAUUUGCAUCUCAGUAAAAGCAGCUGGCUUUUAGACCACACAUGGCUCAUUUGCUAUGUGGAGGAGAAAAAAAAAGGAGACAUGCUUCCUAGCCGGAUAUUGGUGUGUGCUUAUACAUUUCAGUAUUUCUCCUGGCCCACCAUCAACACCACCCCUGCUGAAUCCUCCAUGAGUGAAGAUGCUUCAGGUGGUCUACUUUUUUUUUAUUAUUACCUCAGUUGUUUUAAAUUGUGUAGGGAUGAUUAUGAAUCUGCUUAUUACAGUGGUCAUUUACAAGACCUGGGUUAAAAGUCAUAGAAUCUCUUCUUCUGAUAAGAUACUGUUCAGUUUGGGCAUCAGCAGGUUUCUUAUGCUAGGAUUGUUUCUACUGAACCUUUUCUACUUCAUUGUUUUAAAUUCUGAAAGAUCAGUCUACCUUUCCAUAUUUUUUGUGUUGUUUUGGAGGUUUUUGGAUUCCAGCAGUCUCUGGUUUGUGACCUUGCUCAACUGCUUAUAUUGUGUGAAGAUUACUAAUUUCCAACACUCAGUGUUUUUCCUGCUGAAACGGAUUAUUUCCCAAAAGAUCACCAGACUUCUGCUGACCUGUAUGUUGAUUUCUGCCAUCACCACCCUCCUGUAUUUUGGGCUCAAACAGAUAUCACAUUUUCCUAAAUUUGUGACUGGAAGAAAUGGCACAUUGUUUGACUUCAGUGAAGGCAUUUUGACUUUGCUGGUCUCUUUGGUCUUGAGCUCAUUAUUCCAGUUUAUCCUUAAUGUGACUUCUGCAUCUCUAUUAGUACAUUCCUUGAGGAGACAUGUACAAAGGAUGGAGAGAAACUCCACUGGCUUUUGGAAUCCCCAGACUGAAGCUCAUGUAGGCGCUAUGAAGCUGAUGAUCAUUUUCCUUAUCCUCUAUGUUCCAUAUUCAGCUGCUACCCUGCUCUAUUAUCUGCCUUCUUAUACAAGAAUGGGCCCUGGAGUCAGAGCCAUCUGUUUGAUUAUUUCCUCUAUUUACUCUCCAGGGCAUUCUCUUCUCAUCAUUCUUACACAUCCUCAACUGAAAACAAAAGCAAAGAAGAUUCUCUGUUUCAACAAGUAGUGGAAUUUCAUUAGUAAACAUUGUCUUGGGUCUUCUCAUGAUUUGAGAACAAGAGUUUAUAUUAGUGGUUUUCCCAAUGAUCGAAGAAUUUAUCUUUGUGACCCCUUAUCUGAUACUCUAGGCCUUUGAGUCCUUAUAUUUCAGUUAAUUCUGCAUUUUUGGCUAAUAUUUUAAAACAAGGUAUGUUCUCUAAGGAACUUGUUUGAGGCAUUGCUUAUGUAUUUAUUAUAGGCCAGUGGUGGCGAACCUAUGGCACAUGUGUUGUUUUUCUUUUAAGACAAAAAAUGUUAAUGUAUGAGUUGUUUUUUCUAAACUAAAAUCUCAGUAUUCAGGUUUAAUUGCAGUGUUGGGACUUUGUGAUAAAUAAGUUACAGUUAUGGUUACAGUUUGGGCACUCCUUUCUAAAAGGCUCACCAGGACUGAUAUAGCCAUUGUAUUCCUGGCUAAUAGAAAUCACCCCAUUGUUCCAUUAGCUACUGAAGUACAUAUAAUAGGAGGUUCCAUCAAAUUAAGGAAUACAUCAUGGUGCACAUUAAUUAAAUUGUUUUUAAUUUAACUAGAGAGCCCUGACUAAGGGGUCAGCAGUAGGUAAGAAAGUGGUCAUUGAAAGCCAGUAGACUGGCUUACAGUAUAGCAAGAGGGGAGGGGGUGGUGCAGAAAGAAAAGAGAGCUAAAGGCUACAGAGAAAAAAAGGAAAGAAAAGUUAAAAAGAAAUUGGUUUACAUUGUGGGAAAAGAUGGACAAAAGGUCUUCAUAUUUAUUGAGUGAGAAUAAAUGAGCUACUACUAUGAAGAAACCUAGCAUUGGAUUUCUAGGCUAGAUAUGGAAAGGAGAAAAGGGUCAGACCUGAUGAGUGAAGGGAAGUGAUGAAUAAUAAUGAAGCCAAAUCCAAAAUAGUUCCAUGGAUCCUGAAACCCAGGGAUAGCCUAAGGUUGAAAGCAAGUUCCAAAUACUGAAGUCGGCACCAUCAGAGUAAAAAUUUAUAGCGUACUAUAUAUUACCAUAUGAUACAGAAUUCAUUGGAAAGCCAAGAGCAGCCAUUGGACUGGUAGUGGGAGUACUUGACUUUGGUGAACUUAUUUCAUUGGUUUCUGCAUUUAUGCACAACACAGUCCUCCAAGAGAACAGUUUCUGGAACUGGGACAAUAGGAGUUUGGCUACAGAGGAACAAGAGUAUGAAAAUGUAAUGUUAACAAAUUUUGAAAUGG